AUGAUGGAAGAUCCAAGUGCUCACAAGGGCUUUUGGGAGAGUGAUGCCAGCAGAGCUGUCCAGCAAUGUCUGACCAACAUUUUCACCAGCGUGUAUACAACCUGUGACAUUCCAGAAAAUGCCAUCUUCGGACCGUGCGUGCUCAGCCACACAUCCCUCUACGACAGCAUCGCUUUCAUUGCUCUGAAAUCAGCCGACAAAAGAACCGUGCCCUAUAUUUUUCGGGUGGAUACUUCAGCAGCGAACAGCUCCUCCGAAGGCUUAAUGUGGCUCAGGCUGGUCCAGUCGGCCAGGGAGAAAGAAGAACAAAAUCUGGAGGCGUAUGUGAAAAACGGCCAGUUGUUUUAUCGAUCUCUGAGGCGGAUUGACAAAGAUGAAGAAUUACUUGUGUGGUAUGGGAAAGAACUGUUGGAGCUGCUGCUUCUCAGCAACGUCCGGGCGCAGGCCAAAAUAAACGGAUCCGCGCCAUAUACAUGCCUGGACUGCAGCCAGCGAUUUCAGUGUGAAUACCCCUUCCUAGCACAUUUGCGAUUCCGCUGUCAGAAAAGGCUGGGUUGCAUUGCCACGGACGAGAACAUCAAGAACAGCGGAGACCGGGAGCACCAAACUGUUGUCGGCUCCAGCGUGAAGUUCAGCCGGUCCGAGCGACUGUCUGCCUUUGCCAAUGUCGAAAAUACCAAAACCAUCACAGAUUUUCACAAUCUCGCCAGAGAUAUGGAAAAUCCAAGAGAGAAUGCGAGGAACCGUCGAGAAACGGAAAGCAUAAAUGAAAAUAAGAGAAAGUACGACGAGGCGGAAGAAAAGGGCGACAAUAUACUGCACGCUGCAAAACUAUCCGAGAGAACACUGACUAUCCCAAGAGAAAAUCUUCUCUGUCCUUCCCAGCAGCUCAGAGGAGGCUACUUCAACCUGAGGGAAAAUGGGAGGUUAUUGGGACCAUCCAGCCCGGACGCUGCAGACACCAAGCGAAGCGCCUUCCUUGAGGUGAAACGAACUUCCCUGAACCUUAAACAGAUCCCGAAAGAUAGUGUCACCGACAUAGACGGUAAGAGUGGUGCAGCGCCCAUCAGCAGCUCUCCCGAGAAGCCGCUGGACGCCAAGUCUGUCCUGACUGAAACACAAGUCCCUUCCUGCCUGGACAACAUUGCCAUGGGCAGUGCGUUUCGCAGCGUCUCCCAGCUGUGUGGCGGCGAGGAGAGGAAGAGUGCAUUCUCGCAGCCAGCCAGGUCCUUUACCCAGCUCUCUCCACUCUUGGUGUCCCAGAAGGUGAUUCCUGGCUUGGAAUGUCACCCUGCCGUCGGUGACUCUGCGAGGCUUUAUCCGGCCAAUGCUUUACCGGCAAAGCUCCAGAGCGCGGAGGUGAACGGCAAUUGUACCAUGCAAGGGGGCCUAGCCAAACAAAGCCCUUUCGUCUAUGCCACCGCCUUCUGGCCGAAGGCGUCAGGGCCCAUUCAGCUGCAAGUCCCAUCCGCUCUCACCCUCCUUCCUCCUUCAUUCACAUCCUUUUGUUUACCCGCGCAGAACUGGUGUGCCAAAUGCAACGCUUCUUUUAGAAUGACAUCCGAUUUAGUGUACCACAUGAGAUCGCACCACAAAAAGGAGUACGCCAUGGAGCCGCUGGUGAAAAGGCGAAGGGAGGAAAAGCUUAAAUGUCCGAUUUGCAAUGAAUCCUUUAGGGAACGUCACCACCUCUCCCGGCACAUGACCUCUCAUAACUGAACUGCAAGUGUAUGGCAGCUUAUCAUGUCAACUCGAGGCAACUCGAGAACAAACGAAGGGAAGAGGAGAUUGUGAUGC